GUGGGCUGUAUCCAAGACCCAGAGGACUUCCUGCUCUACAUCAAGACAGGCACCCUGAAGAAAGGAGAUGUGGAGCUGCUACAGGUGUGCCCCUGGCUCUACCUCCCUGGAGUCCUUCCACCUCCACUUAAACAGAUUUAUUCCAGGUGAAUUGCUGGGAAUGGAGUACUUGUACAACCAGACCGGCAAAACACUGAGUCCAGUGCUCCAGAACCCAGAGGAGGAGGACAGGCUGGUGGAGGAAGUCAGUGAUGAGGACGUACAAGAUGAGGGAUUCGAAGAAGAGAUCACAGAGGACAUCACAGUUCCUGUGCUCGAGGAGGAUGACCCCUGCCGUCAUCUGGAGAACAGGCCCUCACCGUUGAUGACGAGUCCUCAGGCCUCUCCACCUCAGGCCUCUCCAUCACCUGCUGAUCUGCCGUCCACGUCCUCUGAGGCUGCACGGGAGAGUGAAAACAAUCUGUCCGACGAGGCUCAGGGAGCAGUCAUUGGACCGGAUGGGAUCGCUGGGUGGGACAAGGUCCAGGAUCUCGCUGCUUACCUGGUGGGUCUCCGUGAGGCGUCUUACCUCACUGAGCUGCAGGUGAUCCAGGUCAUCCAGCUGUGGACAGCUCUCCCUGAAGGCGACAAGGAGCUGGUCGACUACCAGCCUCGUCAUCAGCAGCGACUGACAAGUGGCUGUUUUAAGGCUCCCAAGCGGUCUGGAGUCACGCCGGGUGUGGAGAGCGUUAAGCGCUGCUUGAUAGGACAUCCUGGGGGGCCCAGCUCAGUGGCCCAACACCAGCCGCUUGGUUGAGGCCAUGUGCAUAAGGCUGUGCACUUUACACAAGAAAACCACCAAGAAGGCUGCAUUGUCCACCCCCAGAUGGACUAAAAUUCUCAGCGACUACCACCACAUCCAGGACUUAGUGCUCAACAGUCCAAGGGUUAUGGUGGAGACAAUGAUCCAGCUGUUUGAGCUUAAUCAGCGGACACUCAUUCAAUGGUUUCAACGGAGAUGAGUAUCCUUUCUCAGGGAAUGGCUCCAACCAACCCGAUUCCUGUGGCACCUGACCAGCUUCCACCACCGAAGGAACGACUGCAGCUCCUUCCUUCAGCAUCAGGCCCACGGCAUGAAUUUGUCCUCCCUCCAAAUCUGGAAGGGCAGGCUCCUGUUUUGCGGCCAGGCCGACAGCCAGCUGCUGCCACCAGGGAGUGCCCCAUCGCACCUGCCCCCACGGCACCAGACAUUGCACAGCCCAUUGCAGCUCCUGGGAUGUUGCCUAGGGUAGGGAUUUGCAUCCUCAACCCAGACAACACUGUGUCAUGCGUACUGCCAGCUUCUGGUGCCUCAGCAUCUAGUGCAGGCCCAGCUCCACUUGUUCCUGCACCUGCUACUCCUGUGUCCCGGUACACGCACAGGAACAGGCGCCAGCGGGCCCUUGAGGAGGAGAGUGGAGUCCACAAGAGGAAAUAUGCGAGAGGGGUCACCUACAAUACCUGUAGCCAGUGUGGGCAGCCCAAAACAAAGGAGUUUGGGCAUAGUCGUCAUGGCAGUGCCACCUUCUGCUCACGUGCCUCAAAUGGCAAAUCUCUUGAAGAGUGGUUGGCAGAACAGAGAGCAGAAAAAUAAGUUUUUAACUAUGUUUUGCUUGUAUGUAUUGUAUAUAUUGUAUAUUGUGUGUUUGCGUGUAUAGUUCCCUGUGUUUAUAUAGUUUUUCUGAGGUGUGUGUGUGUUUUCAUUUCAAUACUCGUUUAUUUUACAUCUUGUGUUCAGAUACAUUAAAUCUGAUUAUACCAA